AUGGUGCGCAAACUCAAGUAUCACGAGCAGAAGCUCCUGCGCAAAACCGACUUCAUCUCGUACAAACAAGACAAUGGCCAUCGCGACCAGGCCGUCAUCCGCCGGUACAUGAUCCAGAAGCCGGAGGACUACCACAAGUAUAACCGUCUUUGCGGGUCGCUACGCCAGCUCGCCCACCGCCUCUCUCUCCUACCGCCCGAGAACGCAACAAGGCGGAAGCACGAAGAGCUGCUCCUCGACAAGCUCUACGACAUGGGCAUCUUGUCCACCAAGUCGAAGCUCUCGGCCGUCGAGCACGGCGUAACGGUGAGCGCUUUUGCCCGUCGCCGUCUUCCCGUCGUCAUGACGCGCCUCAAGAUGGCCGAGAACGUUCAGGCGGCGACGCGCAUGAUCGAACAGGGCCAGGUCCGCGUCGGCGUCGAGACCGUCACCGACCCAGCCUACCUCGUGACCCGCUCGACCGAGGACUUUGUCACGUGGGUUGUCGGCAGUAAGAUCAAGAAGAACAUUAUGAAGUAUCGCGAUCAGUUGGAUGAUUUUGAGCUGCUGUAG